GCUGUCUCACAAAACUCAGCGUUGAGUUUGAAUGAAAUUUGUAUUUCAUAAAUUCUUAUUCUUAAUAAAGAAUCAUCGUUUCUGUGAAAAAUGAGUGACCCAUAUAAAAUUCAAGCGUCGAAAUUAUUUUUCAAUUUUUUCCAAGAUAAUCAAAUUUUUCCACUCGAAAAAGUGUUGGAUUCGGCAAUCUAUCUUCUUGAAAAUGGUGCACCAUAUCGUGAUUUAGUAUUGGAAUUCUUCACUACACUUUUUCGUGAAUGUUGCCAACAAUAUUGUCUAAUAAACUCAUGCCUUAAACAUAAUGUAAAACCUAAAAAGACCAGAUUUAUUGUUUUGAUGCAAUUUAUCAAAGCUUUGAAUCAAAGUCCAGCAACCACUUCGUCCAAAUAUCGUAAUGAUGAAAUAAGCAAAACCGAACCGAUGGAGAUCAUUGAAGAUUGUCCAUUGAGUCCUCCUAAAGAGCCUAUCGAUGAUUUCGAUAAAGAAGACUUAUCUUUAGGAAAUCAUGUACAAAAUGAUUUACUGGUUGUAAUGAAUUUGAUAGACAAACAAUUGCCUAGAAUUGCUACGGCGCUUAUAAAUCUUUUAAAACGAGAUCAAAAUCGUCAUCAUCAACAUGUUCGAAUUUCCGAUUGGGCAUUAACUUUGGCUACGAACAUCAGUAUCUAUAAAAACAAUUUAAUUGAAAAAUCUGAUCCAAUGAGUUUAUCUUUGGUUAAAGCCUUAAGCUUUUGGAAACCAUGUUCUUUCAUGCAAGUCUUGAUUCGAAUAGUAUUUAAUUCGAUUGAUAUGAUUGAACCGGCAACUUUAAUCAAUCAAAUUUUAAAAUAUUCGCCUAGUUCUGAUUGGAUUUUAGCCAAUUUAUUAACAGCAAUAUCAGAUAAUCGCCUCCUGACACAAUAUUUGGAACUUUUAAUCAACCAUUCGUCUUCGUUUGCAACAAUCUAUAUACUUUCUUAUGUUUCAGAACAUAACCCUUACGCUAUUGUCAAUUGUUCAAAAUCUAACAUUCCUUUUUUAUUGAAUUUAUGUACAAAUUCCAAGCCAUUGCUUGAUUUGUUGGCUCAAGAUAUUGUCAAAAAAGUUAAUGUACAAACAAUGAAUGAAUUUGCUGAACUGCAUACAUUCGACGAAUUGAAUUCCAGCAUAUUGUACUGCAUUUUAAAUGCACCCAAUGCUUUUCAAUUGCUGAAGAUUUCUUUCAAUUUGAUAGUAAACUCAAAUUCAUCAGAGAAAUUGAUAGAAAAAGUUUUGAACAUUUUGUCAUUGAUGGUCAAACAAAUGAACGCAACGAUUUCAGGAACAAAUCAUUUAAUCCAAUCAAAUACAAGUUCUAUGCAUUUUUCUUAUAUGCCUCAUCUCCUUCAACAUAACACUACUUACGAUGGACUUCAAUCUAAUGCUGAAAAUUUGGCUUUACAGAGAAAAAAUACCAACUAUUUGCUAGCUAUAUUACGCAAUCAUAUCCAAGAACUUGUCGAUUAUUUCUUCUUCACACGUAAUCCACAAUUGAAGAAAAUUCAAAUGAAAUUGGUGAAUUUGACUUGUAUAAAUUAUGGACGGGAAUUCAUAGUUGAAGUGUUUCAUUAUUUAAUGAAUUUACCUCAACAACCGGCCAUCAAUAUUUCAAAUUAUCCGAAUCCAAAACUUAGUAAUCAAUUUUUAACGUUACUCAAUUCAUUACGUAUUGAUUCUGGAUAUGAAGUUUACGAUUGUAUCAAAGAAACCUUGGAUUUACAAAAGCCCAAAAAGUUGGAUUUUUGGGCUAAUCUAAUGGUAUUCAUAGAAUCAAAGCCAAUCGAAUUUGAAACUUCAAUUUUGGUUCAAUAUUUAAAUCAAAAUAUCAAUGAAGAUUAUACAGAUAUCAUUCGCGUUUACUACAUUUUACGAAUAUUUCUCAGAGUAUUCGAUCAUUAUCAAGAACUAUAUUCGCGCCAACAAUAUCGGUUAUGUGUAGCUUUGAUUAACAUUUAUUUCGAAUUGAUUGACAUAAUGAAUGAUAAUGAUGACGAAAAACUGUUGAUAUUAAUUAUGGAUUGUUUAGUCAUUUGUCAAAAAUUUCUUAAGAAUUUCUCAGAAUCUUUACCGCUGAAUGAAUGUAUAAUACUUAGAUGUACACUCGAUUUCAUACGCCAAAAGUCACAUUUAUUUACCAAUUAUUAUCCUGUGAAUUCUAUCAAUGCUCCAACAAACAAUGGUCAUCAAUGGCCAAGUUUAUUGAACGAAAAUAUGAACAGCAAUAAUAAUUUAAAAAUGAAAAAGAAUCCAUUAAUACCGUUCUAUUCAGCGCAGAAGAAACAGCGUUACUUAAAUAAAAAUUCCUCCCUCAACAAAAGAUUAGUACUCGAUUUGCUUGAACAUUGUGUGAAUGAUACGUCGUUGUUUGCCGAAAAUUUUACCAAUUCAUUAUCGAAUCAAUUAUUAUUACGUGAUGUUCCGAUACUUGAAGAAGAUCCUAAAGAUGGUCAAGUUCAACAUCUCAGGAUGACUUUCGAAACUGAUCUCCACAUUUAUCGAUUGUUUGAUCAAAAUCCAAUUUUAUGGAAUAUUUUACAAUUAUUAAGUCGAAAGAAAAGUUUGAGCAAUUGUUUGGUGAUUGUUCGAUGUAUCAUCAAUGUGCUUAGGACUAAUUUAGUAUCGUCUACUUCUAACGAAAAUCAUUUAUUGGAUACACAGAGAUUCUUAUGGACAAUAGCCAACGAUGAGAUAUUACCGCGUAUACCGUUCGUUUACAUCCCAGAAACGAUUAAUGAACAGAUCAAACCGUUUGAAGUGGCCUAUGUUUUGCAUGACAUUGCCAAAUACAUUCGUGAUAAUCAAGAUUCACGAUCAAAUGAAACAUGUCUAAGGCCUUAUCUAAUGCGAUUUCGUUCAAUUCUGGCUCAUAAGAAGCCAAAUGAAGCUUAUUUGAAAAUAUUUAAAAAUCUUUAA